AUGUCUGGCACAGAGGAGCCGCAUACGACCGAGGCUGCUCCCCAAAUUAAUGGGUCACCAACCCCUUCUGAGAAGGACACGGACACCUUUGAAGAUGCUAUUGAUACAGGAUCCGUGAGGUCUCUAACAAAUCGCAAACUCUCCCCUCGGCCAAACAGCGGUGCCACGGAUAGUAUUUCAGAGUCUCCGGAGGACGAAGAGGGUAAAGACAGCGGAGAGAAGCUAAAUGGUGACGUCGUAGCAGUGGAAAAGGAAGAGGAAGAGGAAGAGGAAGAAGAGGAUAAGGAAAAGGAGAAAGAAAAAGAGACGGAGAAGGAGGACGUAAAGGAGAACGUCAAAGACAUUGAUACCGACGAUGAGAAGGACGACGCGAACAAUAAGGACGAGAAGGACAAUAAAAACGAGAAAGACGAAAGGGACGAAAAAGACGAAGUUGCCGAACUCUCACCUACAAUCAGAUCAGACCGUAACUCGAAUGCAUCCUUAGACAAUGUCGAUCUUAGUGAUGGGGUUACAGAACAACCAAAGGAACAACCACCUCUUGUAGUAGCGACUAAGCCUUCCAAGAAACUUUCUCUCGGUAAUAUUGGAAUAACAAUGCCUUGGUCUCAAUCUACUCCAGUUACAGAAUCACCCCCGAAAACAAGCCCGAAUCCUACUCCCACGCCCGCUGCUGCGGCUGCAGCUCCUGCGCCCCGAAAAUCCGGCCCCUUUUCUUGGCUAUCACGGAAUUCUACGCAAAAGGAGAAGGAGAAAGACGUUGUAACAUCACCACCCGUUACAACAGCUACGUCCCGAAGGAACACAGCGAGUUCUGUUGCCACGUUAACCAGCAAUCCUGAAAUGAUGCUUAGCAAGCUCGAGGAGGAGAACGAAAGCGCUGGAGGACCUCGUCUAUCAAGAAACAGUCUAAAAGACAGGUUUAAGUAUGUACGAAUGAGGGAAGAGGCUGGUAUAACCCUCAACCCCGAAGAUGAUGAUAAGGCGUCGACUAUGGGAGUUUUGAGUCCGACUGGCGAGACCUAUCCAGACGCGAAUUUUACGUUACCUCCGCCGUCCCCCUUACCGCCGAACCCAGACACAAACCUGGCUCCUGGAACCGUCGCGGGUGUAUCCGCUGGUCCUUCUACUAUUGCGGAUUCUCAGGUUGAUUGGGAUCUUUGGCAAUCCGUCGUCUACGAAGGCCCCGCUGCUGUUGCAAGGACAAACCCGGAGGAGCUAAACAAGGCGAUCGUUACUGGCAUCCCUAAUGUGAUCCGGGGUGUCGUGUGGCAAGUACUUGCCCAAAGCAAAGAUGAGGAUCUUGAAAGGGUAUAUAAGGAACUGGUGGCCCGCGGCUCUGAAAAGAAGCAAGACCGUAACAGCAAUGCUACCUCUAUUAGUCUUUCGAGCAACGGCAACUUGAGCUCUGAAAGAGAAGUAGUCACUUCUUCAGCUUCUUCUGUCCAGUCGGAAAUAUCUGGCGCCAGCGGUAAAAAACAAUCACCGCCACCUGAGCCAUCAGAAGCAGCUCUAAAGGCCCAAGCCUUAGCUGCAGCCGAAAAGAAACGCAAAGAAAAAGAAGACGCGGCGGCGCUUCAAAGACUAGAGAGGGCUAUUAAGAGAGACCUUGGUGCCCGAACGAGUUUCUCGAAGUAUGCGGCGGCUGCUGGUCUGCAGGACGGCUUAUUUGGUGUCUGCAAGGCGUACGCACUCUUUGAUGAAGCUGUUGGAUAUGCCCAGGGAAUGAAUUUCUUGAUUAUGCCGCUCCUUUUUAACAUGCCCGAGGAAGAGUCGUUCAGUAUACUUGUCCGACUGAUGAACCAAUACAAGCUACGCGACUUAUUUAUUCAGGACAUGCCGGGCUUGCAUAUGCAUUUAUACCAGUUCGAGAGAUUACUCGAGGAUUUGGAGCCUGCUCUUUACUGCCAUUUGCACCGUCGUGGGAUAUCGCCCCAUUUGUACGCGACGCAAUGGUUCCUCACUCUUUUUGCCUACAGAUUUCCCCUUCAGCUCGUACUAAGGAUUUAUGAUCUAAUCUUCUCUGAAGGUUUAUCUGCGAUCCUGAAAUUUGGCAUUGUCCUGAUGCAGAAGAACUCAGACACGCUGCUCGGCAUGACAGAUAUGGGCCAAUUAACGAAUUUCCUAAGGGAUAGGCUCUUUGAUGUGUAUAUUGAUCAGUCCCCAAGCGCUGGCAGCAUCCUUGAGAACGGAUUUUUCGGCAGUAGUUCUUCAAGUGCCGACAAGGAGGUCUACCGGGCAGAUCAACUAGUUCAGGACGCAUGCGAAGUGAAGAUUACACCUGAGAUUCUCAAGGCUUACACGGCCGAGUGGGAAGAAAAGACUCGCGCUGAAAAGGAGAAGGAAAAGGAGCUCGAACAUCUGAAGACUACGACCUUGAGCCAGGCCAUCAAUAUCCGGAAGCUUGAAGAGCGAUUAGAGGCGAGCGACCGUGAACAGGCAACCAUGACAACAGACCUUGUUCAUACUAAGAUCGAAAACGAAGAGCUUAAAGAUCAAAACGAAAGUUUAACUGGCCAAGUCAGGGAACUCCGCAACGUCAUUGAGAAGCAGCCCGAGGAGCUGGAAAAAGCCUGGAAACUCGAGCGUGACGACCUCAUGAAGAGAAAUGAAAAGGUGCAUGAAGAGAAUAGGAGACUCGAGAAGGAGCUCCAAGAAGUUGAGGAGGAAUUGGUUCAGACGAAGAUGCGAUGUGCCGAGAUAAACUCCCAGCACGAGGCACUCCAAAAGAGAUGGUCUGAACUUAAGCGGCAGUUUGCUUGA